CCUCAGAGAAAAUCAACGGUCUGGAACAAACCAGCAAUUAAAAAAACUCAACCUCGAAUCCCCCCUCACCCAACAACCCCGUCCCUCGUCAACACCUACAAUACUACCAAAACCCAUCUCACGAACCCCUCCCCCCCAAAAAAAUGGCCGACGACGGCCUCCUCCUAAAUUUCACCCUAGGAGGCGACACCGUGCUCAACGCCACCACCACAAAAGUCAAAGGCGGCACAUGGCGGGACCGGCUCAGCGCAAAGAAGAUCGCGGCGCACCGGAAGACGCCGCGCGACCCGAACGCGCCCAAGCCCGAACACACGAGCAAGAACCCCAACCGGAUCGCCGUCUCAUCGCGGCCGGUGAAGCGCCAACGGACGGACGACAGCACCACCAACAACAACUCCGGCCCAAACAACCAUACCCGCGGCAAUCAAAACCAGUCGGCGCGGCCGUUCGUCUCCUCGCUUUUCACCAAGAAUCCUGUCCCCCAGAAUGCGGAGGCCGAGCCUAAGGAUGGAGAGGAGGGGGUGGAGGUGGAGGAGGCGAAGCCGACGAACGCGCCGCUGAUCGAUGGGCUGGAUACGUUUACGAAUCUGGGGUUGUCGGAAGCGCUGGCGGCGCAUCUGCUGACGAAGUUGGGGGUAAAGGCGCCGACGGCGAUUCAGAAGGCGUCGAUCUCGCAGCUGCUCAAGGAGGAGAGCGAUGCGUUUAUCCAGGCGGAGACGGGGUCGGGGAAGACGAUGGCGUAUCUGCUGCCGUUGGUGCAGCGGCUGAUGAGCAUCUCCAAGGCGUCGGCGGGCGGGAAGGACGGGUUGGCGAUUGGGGGGGCGCCCGCCUCCUCCGGCGGCGCGGAGUCGUCGGUCGUGCAUCGAGAUAGUGGGUUGUUUGCCAUUGUGCUGGCGCCGACGCGCGAGCUGUGCAAGCAGAUUGCGGUCGUGUUGGAGGGCUUGCUGCGGUGCGCGCACUGGAUCGUGGCCGGCACGGUGAUCGGUGGCGAGAAGAAGAAGUCCGAGAAGGCGCGGCUCCGGAAAGGGUUGAAUAUCCUGGUCGCGACGCCGGGUCGGUUGGCGGAUCAUCUGGAGAACACGCAGGCGCUGGAUGUGAGUAAUGUGCGGUGGUUGGUGCUGGACGAAGGUGAUCGGUUGAUGGAGCUGGGGUUCGAGAAGGAGCUGCAGGGUAUCAUUCAGAAGCUGGACGCUCGGCAGCGCCCCUGUCGCAUCCCCGGGGUGCCGGCCAAGCGCACGACGAUCCUGUGCUCGGCGACGUUGAAGAUGAACGUGCAGAAGCUGGGCGAGAUCAGUCUGAAGGACGCGAUCCACGUGCAGGCGGACCCCGCCGACGAGGACCCCGAGGCCGUCAAGAACAAGGACGAGGACGAGGCGUUCCGCGUCCCCGCGCAGCUGAAGCAGUCCUACGCGAUCGUCGCCGCCAAGCUGCGGCUGGUCUCGCUGACGGCGUUCCUGAAGCGGACGUUCAUGCGCAAGGGCUCCGUGAUGAAGGCGAUUGUCUUCGUCUCGUGUGCGGACUCGGUGGAUUUCCACUACGAGCUCUUCACGCGCAAGCUCAAGGCCGAGGAAGACGACAACAAGAAGGACAGCGACGGAAGCUCCGACAGCGACGACAGCUCCUCGUCGAGCGAGGAUGAAGAUUCCGACAACGACAAGAAGCCAGCCACCAAACCCAACGAGCACGGCACCGUCGCCCUGGCCACCGCGUUCUCCAACCCCUCCAACCCCGUGAUGCUGCACCGACUGCACGGCUCGCUGCCGCAGCACGUGCGCACGGCGACGCUGGGCGCGUUCGCGCGCAGCCGCGAGGCCUCGGUGCUGAUCUGCACGGACGUGGCGUCGCGUGGUCUGGAUCUGCCCAACGUGGACCUGGUGGUCGAGUACGACCCGGCGUUCAGCGCGGAGGACCACCUGCACCGGAUCGGGCGCACGGCGCGUCUGGGCCGCGACGGACGGGCGCUGCUCUUCCUGAUGCCCGGCUGCGAGGAGAACUACGUCGACAUCCUGAAGCGCGGGUACCGCGACGGCGGCAAGGCGCUGACGCGGCUGAACGCGGACGACAUCCUGAAGCGCGGGUUCGGCGGCAACGUGCAGGCGCAGAGCAAGGACUGGGAGGUCAAGACCACGGACUGGCAGAUGGACGUCGAGCGCUGGGCGGUCGACCACCCGCAGUACCUGGAGAUGGCGCGCCGCGCGUACCAGUCGCACAUCCGCGCCUACGCGACCCACAUCGCCAGCGAGCGCCACAUGUUCAACAUCAAGGAGCUGCACCUGGGCCACCUGGCCAAGAGCUUCGCGCUGCGCGACCGGCCCAGCAAGAUCAACGUGCCGGGCCUGCGGCAGAGCAGCAGCGACGCCAAGAAGGACUUCAAGGCGGCGCGCAGCGGCAGCAGCAGCAGCACGGCGGGCGGGAAGAAGCGCAAGGCCGGCGAGGAUGACGGGGACCGGGGCGCCGCGGAUGUGUCUCUGGCGGCGCAGAAGAUGAGAGCCAAGAUGAAGGAGCACAUGGCGGGGGCCAACGACAUAACACCCCUCCUUAUGCCACUUCAAAACCGCCACCUCCUUCAGCGUCUUACACGAAUAAACCCGGACCCUGGAAUCCCACCCAGCCGUCGCCAAGAUGCGCCCAUCGGACCGCACCCUCAGCCCCUGCUGCCCGGCAUGCCGCCUGCCCGCUGCAAGACCCUGCUGCUGCUGCUGCUGCUGCGGACCCAGACCCUGGAAGGGGACGGGAGACCGGAAGACCAUCACGCGGCCGUCCUCGUACGCGGCCGCGACGUGGAGGUCCCGCCCCUCGGGGCCAAGAAAGAGGGUAAGCGCCAUGACCAUGCCGGUUUUGACCUCGCCGUCGGCGGGGAUGGUGCAGACGCGCCGCUCGGUGGGGAGGUGGAACAGGUCGAUGGCGCCGGAGUUGAGGGCGUUGGGGACGGCGAUGAGCUCGGCCUCCGCUCCUCCAUCCCCAUCCCCAUCCCCAUCCGAAGGCACAGCCACCGGCCCAGACAGCAGCGCGGAGAGAUCCACCCACGCAAAGGCACAAAAGUUCAACGCGUUCACAGGCAGCGAGUGCACCAACCACGGCUGCCUGCCCGCGCCCGCACCCGCACCUGCCCCUUGCCCUGCCUCUCCUCCCGUCUCCGCCGGAGGGCCCGUGGAAGCAGCACCCCCAAGAGAAUCGACCGGCAACCCCCUUCGCAAAUCUACCUCCUCAGCAACGCUGAACCGCCACACCCCCAACUUGUGAUCGCGGCCAUGUCUGUCUUUCAUCAGCAAACCAAAUCUCUCAAAAAGCCCCUCAAUUCCUAA